AUGUUGAGAAAUAUAAUUCUUUCAAAUAAUAAAAAGUUAAUAAACCAAACAACCACCACCUUUUCAACCAUACCUCGUUCUCUUACAAUUGAUCCAGAUGUUGGUACAGGACUUGUAGGAGCACCGGCUUGUGGAGAUGUUAUGAAACUUCAAAUAAGAGUUGAUGAACAAAGUGGUAAAAUAGUUGAUGUGAAAUUUAAAACAUUUGGAUGUGGUUCUGCUAUAGCGUCUUCAAGUUUUAUGACAGAACGUGUACGUGGAAUGUCAUUGGAUGAAGCUAGUAAAAUAAAAAAUACAGAAAUCGCCAAAGAAUUAUCCUUGCCACCUGUUAAAUUACAUUGUUCAAUGCUUGCUGAAGAUGCUAUAAAAUCUGCAAUAAAGGAUUAUAGGAAGAAAAAAGAAUAUGGACUUUAA